GGCUGUGAGUGUACACAGUACUGUACGCUGUUUCUGCAGCACUAGCAGUUAGUGUGAUGCUGUGAGGAGCAGCACUCAGCAGGCAGUGAUUGGAUAAUGACCAACCCUGCCUGUAUUUAAUCACUGGACGGGGGGUGUUAGGUGUGUACGGUAGUGGUGGAUGAGAAUGGCUUCUAGAAAGAAAGCAGCAAAGAAAAAGGAGAGCAGGGAGAAUGUGCCUGACAUAUUUGUACAACUUCGUGACAUAAGUGCCAGAUGUUUAGAAAUCAGUCUUCCCAGUGCACAUGGAGGCCUUGACAAUGUUUCUAAAGACAGCACGGGUCUGGAAUCCUGCAUGCAGAUAAUCCAGUCUCAAAAUCAAGUCAGACAGCAGUUAAUGGAUAUGAGGACUGAUCUCUCUCUACGCCUUUCUAAAGAAGAUCUGAACGGGUCUUUAAACAUAAACCUGAACACUGCUUGCGCACCCUUACAAGAUGUAAAGUGUUCUGUGAGAACUAAAGAAAUUGUGCUCAAGAGGAUGCAGACUUCUAACCUCUUGGUGGAUGUCCUACAAAAAAGUGAGAGCCAACGCCAAUGCAUUAUACCAGUGAUGGAUCAUUCUCUGGAUCUCUGUCAGCAGAUUGUGGUUGUAGAAUUGAGUAACAGACAGAUGGAGGAGCAGUUGGAUGACAUACGCAGAAAAAGAAUGGAAAUACGGAUUAGGCAGCAGGAACUCUUAAGAAAAUUAAAAUCUGCAGAAAAGUCUAAAGAGAAAAUCCAGGCGGUGGAAAUGAAGGUGCGAGAUGGAGAAGAAGAGAAUGUGCAAAGGGUUUCCGACAAAGUGAUUAUCAUUCAAGAGGUUUUUCAGAGGCUAGUCAUGUGUUCCCAGGUGAACUGGGCUGAAGAUCCACGUUUAACAACUCUGCUGCUGGGGAAGAGGGAUCCUACUUUGUCCUAACGGCUACAUGCCUUACAGACCAAAAGCCUAAAAACCUCUAUAGAGCAGUCUGUGUCGGGCUAUUUGUUUUACUUUUAAUUUAUUUGCAUUUAUUUUAUUUAUAUUUCAAGAAAUAAACAAGAGGUACUGUAGAGAGAACAGGGGAGUUGUAGAAUUAGUACCUAACUUGGAGAGACAUUCAGAGUUUACAUUGAACACAUAGUAAACCAACUAUAAAACAUCAAAAACUGCAAACCAAAUAAUAGCAUGUGACUUAUUGUGAAAUAAUCCUAACAUCCCAAUAUGAGGUAGGGCUAGUUAGUACAGUGAGGAAGGGGUGGGGGGUGAAAAAUGGGGAAUAAAAUGUAUUCUACAUAUCCAGAAGGAUGUGUUAACAGGGGAUGAUCUCUUAAGAAUGAGAAACUGAGCUAGAGUGUGGAGUCUAGGUGUUCCAAGUAUCCGUAGAUAGUAAACGGUUAAGCAUUAAGCUAUUGUUGUAAUCCAACUUUGUUUUCUGUGCUUUGAUAGUUUUGUUUAAGUUUGAUGUAAAUGUUUAUGUAUAAUAAAAUGAAUCACACACGUUUA